AAUGUUAUCAAAUUACCACUACAUUACUCUAGUUCCGAUAGAGAUAUAUCAGGUUCAAGGUUCAAAUGGAUCAUUCGGAACACAGAUGAGCAAGCUGAAGAAUAAAUGGUGGGGUAAAGUUUAUGCUUAAGAGAGAAAUUCCCAGCAUCAAUUUUAAACAAUUUGUAAACAAGUUAGUGUGCUUUAUCCGUAUUUUUUAUUUUAAGAUGCAUCCUGUUUGGUGCGCGUCAGUGCUAAUACUUUAUACUAUAAUAUUAAGUGGCUGUGGUAAACAAGUUUCAUGUGGUAUUUUCCCUUCGUCGUUUUACUUUAGGACUGAUUUGGGUUUAGAAGAAAACAGUGUUACUGAUGCGGAAGUUGAUACGGCUGAACCGGUUGCGACUAUUAGCGAAGAAGAGUUUACUGCUCUCCGAAUAGAGUAUAUAAAAAACCAAAUUUUAAGAAAAUUACGUCUUAAGGAAAAACCACAAAUUACUAUAGGCGAUCUUCCAAAACCGGUCAUGGAAUAUGAGAAUUUCAUUCCUGACCAAGAUAUGACUAUGGUCGGGAAAUACAAUGAUGAUUUCUAUGGAAAAACCACUCAGGCCAUUGUACUGCCCUACGAAGAUGAAGCCAAAUGUUUUCGAAAAGUCCACUAUCCAUCAGCCUGUUUGCCAUUCCAAAUGCCAAAUGACAUCCAUUCCUCAGAUGUAAGCACUGCUGAGUUAUGGUUUCACAAGAAAGCUGAUAUUAUGGAUAAGCACAAUCAAACGUUUAUUAUUUCAGAAGUGGCGCACUGGGAUAAAAACAAGAGUUUUCAGAAGACUAACCCUGUCGCUAUUCAAGAUACCAGCAUAACAGAUGGCUGGCUGAAAGUAGAUGUAACAUAUGUAGUUAAAAAGUGGAUGGACUACCAGGAGUCGCCUAUUCAUGCCUUAAAUGUAUUGUGCAAAACCUGCGGAUUGGACAAGUCUUUGUCACCUAUAUCAUUUUCUGGGGAUAUGAAACCAUUUUUAAUCAUUUAUACGCACUCGCAAAAAAGAAGAUCUUUUAUGCAUCGCCGCCAAAAACGGUCUUCAGAAUGCAGAGAUUCGCCAAACGAGUGUUGCAGAGAGAGUUUAUACGUUUCCUUCGCAGAAAUCGGAUGGAGUAACUGGAUCAUCAAGCCUGAAGGUUACAACGCAUAUUUUUGCAGAGGUUCUUGCACAACACCAACUGCGGUGAUGAAUAGUGCAAGUCACCACAAUAGUAUAUUACAAAAAGUAAUGGGAAAAAACAACCAAAGGGGUUCCAGACCAGAAUUAACUCCCUGCUGUGCAGCUACACAGUAUCAGCCUUUACAGUUAGUUUACAUGGAUGGUAACAAGACGCUGACGACGAAGUUACUUUCAAAUAUGAUCGUAGAAACAUGUGGAUGCAUGUAGCUUAAAUAAAUGUAGGGAAGAAGUAAAUGGAAGUACUUCUACGUUUGAAAUUAAGUAUGAAGAAUGGUUCGACUGAAAAAACUGGUAGGCGGGGCAAAUACUGGUUGGAUUGUAAUUGAAUGCUUCUUAAAAAAUUUGUGAUGUUAUAGUUUUAGUUUUAGAAGAAAACUGUUUAUAUGACAUGGUUUAUGGCUUAUAUAGCUGGCUAUAUAAACCGGAUGACCGUGAUUUAAAUGACAUAAGCGACCGUUGUUAGUAAUUUUGGUGAUAAAGUCACCUUAAGAGCAUUAAUCACUAUGUGAUAAAAACCAUUAAAAUUUGAUUUAUUCUAAGGUAUCCAAAAAAUUUGUAAAAAAAUAAUGAACUAUAUAGUAAACAGUAUUUUUAGUAAAUAUAUUUUUUUAGAAAAAAGUAAAAAAUAGCUUAAAAAAGUUUAAUUUGGUGGAUUUUUGAGUAGUUUGAAGAAAAACGUUGUUCCAAUAAGUUUAAAUACACAAAUAGUUUUUUACUAUUCAUAUAACUUUUUAUUACAAGCUAAUAUUUUAUAUAUAGGGUGUCCUACAUAUUAUGAACCGCUCUAUAUAUAACUGUAUGAAUCCAGAUUGUCUCUCAGGUUCUCAGGUUGAUAAAUGCCAUACGCCGUACAUCUCACUCACACUAAAUUACUAUAAAAAAUAGCAAAUAUUUAUUGUUUUCAGUUAUUGCUUAUCAUUAAAUAUAAGAAAUAAAAAAGGAGUCCAAAUUAUUUUUAAUUAUUACCAGGUCAUUUGUAUAUUGAUUACUAUAUCGACCUAUUCCCCUCAAGGGGUUAUAGAGGAGGUCGUUAACUGCAAAUUGAACGUAAUAAUGCCUUAUGCAAAAGUAAACACUGAGAUAUUUAAAUUUAUUAAAGUUGUUUAUUUAUCAACUUAAUAUGCUCUGUAUCAAUUUUAUUAUAAUAUUUAAAAUUCCAGGGAGAAAUAUCACUUUGUUACAAGAUAAGACAAGACUGAAAGUAAGCAAUUAAAAUAUAAUGAAAAGUAAGUAAGUUUAAAACUGUUAUUUUCUAAUCAGCUACUCAAAGAUCCAUUUUGUUAAAUAUGAACCUUAGAGUAAAAAAGUUUAAAUAUUUUGGCGGGCCCAAAUUAUAUAUUUUAAAAUGUAUACAAAUUAUGAUACAGUGUAAAGCAGAUAAUUUAUAGUAAUUUAAAUUCUAAGUAAAUGUUCUUUCCUCCGUUUUGAAUUAUUUAAUUAAUACCAUUGCAAAUUCAAUAUUUUUUUAAUGGCUGCAAGUAAGCUUACAUUUUUCUGGUUUACACUGUCAGGUUUGUAUUGUUUGUAAAUUAUUAUUUAAAUAUUAGUUAACUCGAAAAAUAGCAAUAAUACUUAAUUUAAGACUGGUUAAUCACGCAGGCGUGAAUUAGACCAGCCAUCAAUAAAAUUAGGAUUUUAUAAUAUAUUAUGUACUAAUAUUUUAUGUUUUUAUAUGUUUGUAUAAAAUGUAUUCAGUAAAAACUAAAA